AUGUCGUCGUGCCGUCGGCGGAGGGACCCCAUCGCCGACGCCAUCUACCAAUUAUCGCCGUUCAAUCGAAUAUGUGUCAUUUUAUUCGGCGCCGUCUCAAUUCACCUCACCAUUGGCACUUAUCACACGUUUGGUGGGUGAAAAGCAGAAUAAAUCUUUUUAGACAAAAAAUAUCAAAAUUAGCUGAAAAAAUUAAAAAAAAAUCUAGGCAACAUGCUACCGUACAUGGCGUCGUACAUGCGAAACUUCACGGAUCCGACGGUCCGAAUCGAGCACAUGAUGUGGAUUCCGACGUUUCAGGGCUGUUUUCCGUUCGCAAUGGUCAUCGGCGGCCUCACUUCGAACAUGUUCAGCCCGCGAAUGUCCGCUUUUCUCGGAUGCGCUCUUGUGACGUCAGUUCCUACUACGAAUGAUGAUGAUGAUGAUAAGUGUUUUGCAGUUCGAGCGUGGCCCUGUCCGCCUACGCAAUCCAGCACUCAUUCGCCCUUUUCUUCGUCGUUUACGGCCUUUUAUUCGGCCUGGGCACCGGAAUAGCCUAUGUGACGGCCGUUUCGACGGCCAUCAAUGUAAGCUACCAAAUUUUAAACGAUUUUUUCACAUUUUUAUCAUUCUCUCCUAUUGAUUUUCAUCAACACCGGGCCGCAGAAAGAUAGAUUAUUUCUGGGCCUAGAUUUUUCAAAAGUUUUUAUUUCAGUGGGCUCCCGACAAGAUCGGCGUCGUUUCGGGUAUCGUCGCCGCCGGAUUCGGACUCUCCUCCUCGAUUUUCGCCCCAAUUCAGACGUGGAUCGUCAAUCCGCAAAAUUUGCCGGCCACCAAGGAUGGGUGAGCAAAAGUCCAGUGAAAAAUGUUUCUAACAGGAACUUGAGUUUGAAUUUUGAAAAAUGAAUUUCUGUUUGCAGGUACUUUGUGCAACACGAACUCCUCGUCCGUGUCCCGUCGCUUUUCACAAAGUUGGCGAUAAUUUACGGAGUGAUGCAAGCGAUCGCUAUCGUCGUCGUUUGCGAUCCGCCAUUCCGGGUAGGCGCCUGCUUUUUUUUUGAGCAGAAAUCGGAUUCUAGGCUAUCUGUGUGCAAUAAGUUUACUAAUUUAUCGAAAAGUUACCAAAGCGCGAAAUUCACAAUUAUUUGAAUGCCAGAGAAAUUUGUGGCAUUUCCGGAGGAUUUCUGAACGGACCAGGGAACCCUCAAAUUUUAUAACAUUUUUGUGUCUGUCAUACACUGUCCGAGUCCCAACUCUCUAAAAUGCAGAAAAACACAACAGCGCGCAGUUAAAGCUGUGGCCUAGAAAACUCAGGUGUGAAAACUCUUCCCUGCUGAUAAUACGGCACCCUUGCACUUUGAGAAUCUGUUAAUUUGUGUGAAUGCUUGGCAACGUCUGAGGAUUGUGCCGAAUGCCUAGGAGUUUUCGAGGCCACGACCACAACUUUAACUGCGCGCUGAGAGUUGAGACUCGGACUGUGAAUAAGGCAAUAAGAGGCGGAGUCGUGAUCACGAAAAAUUUUCUGAAAUUUUGUGGCCUAGAAAAUGCAUAGGAUGGCCUAGAAAUCCGAACAAAGAACCAUUUUUUCCCGAAUGUCCCCUCUGUGGCCCUCCAAAUUUCCGGUUUUUGUGCUCUCAGAUCCGCCACUCGGGCCUCGGUUCCCUUUCGGAUUACAUAUUCUCGGCCGGCGGCGGCGCCACGUCAUCAUCCCGUUAUUCCGGAGUGUCGUACAGUCGUGUGCGGCUUGACGAGCAACCCGUGACGUCAUCCGAUGCUCCAGAACCUUCGGCCGCCCAAUCGGUGCAUUUUUGAACGGUUUUCGGUGUGAUUUGUGGUGGUUUCUUUGAAAAAAUUCUUUAAAAACGCAUGAUUUCCCCUCCAUUUUUGCAUGGCACUGGAAAUGCGUCCGCCCUUGACGCAAUUUGUGAUCCUUUUCGCAUGAUGACGUGGCUUUUUUGGUCGUUUCUGAAACGGAUAUUGUGAAUUUGCAGAAAUCGCGGUCGACGGAAUCGAUUGCGAAUCGAGAGGAGAGCGACGAGGAGGACGACGAUUAUGAAAGACCCGUUUUUGAUAACGGUAAGGAUUACGGUAGGAAUUUUUGGAAAAUUUUAGGUCUGAAUUAUUUCUGACAGGUACAUUCUCAUUUUUUAAAGGUUUAACUCCAUAAAAUCGUAUUCCAGACGAAGACACGACAAUCCAAAUGACGCCGUCGGAAAUGCUCCGUUCGCCCACGUUUUUCUGCCUCUUCGCCGCUCUUUUCUGCUGCUCCUUCUACGCGAACAUGUUUUACAAUUUGUACAAGGUACUACUAGCUCGGCCCAAACUUUGCAGGCGUCGUGGACUUGGCAUGAAGUAUUUUGGGUCCAAGUUUCAGACGGAUCCAAUCAACCGGUCCCGAGAUAUCAAAAUCUGAUGUCGGAACAGCUUUUCCCGGCUUCGGAUCCACAUAUCUCGGGACCAGUUGAUCCGAUCGGUCUGAAAUUCGGACCCAAGAUACUUUAAACCAAGUGCAAGAAAGCGACAAAGUGCGGAUCCGAACGGAUUGUUGUAUGAGAAAUACUCGCUCAUUUUGUGUUUUCAGACGUACGCGGAGUCGUUCAUCGACGACGACAUGUUCAUGGCGAUGGCGUUCUCGGUGGCGUCGGUGGCGAAUGCGAUCGCGCGCAUCGGCUGGGGAUACCUGACCGAUCGGACCAGUUUCCAGAUAUCGCUGUCGAUUGCCACGUGUCUGGCCAGUGUCUUUUUACUCACAAUGCCUCUGGCCAAGAGUUUCGGAAAACUCGCCUACCUUUUCUGGGUGAGAAAGCUGGAAAUGGGCAAUUGUUAUAGGACUGACUGAAAGUCUGAAUUCUUCACAUACAACGUUGCAGUUGGUCGGCACGUUCAUUUGCAUGGGCGCCACGCACGCGCUCUUCAUCACGGCCACCGUCAAAUGUUUCGGAAGUCGUCACAAGGCGAACAACUACGGUUACCUCAUUAUUUCCACGGUGGGCAGCAUUGAUUGAAACAUCCUGUUGGAGAAAAAAAAUGUUUUGCAGACAAUGAGCGGAAUCCUGCUGGCAGGAGUGUCUCAAUUUUACCUGCACACCAUCGGCUACACGUACCUCUUCAUAAUCACCUCGAUUUUUCCGUUUUGCGCGUUCGUCAUCAUUUCGUGCAUUCAGUGGACGCCGCAGGGAAAACUAGUCACAUAA